GAGAGACUGAGGCUCCCACAGGCACUUGUGACACAGCCUGCAGAAAACAAACUUCACGCUUCCUGCCAUGGCACAUCUUACCAAGCCUCCAUGCUCCCAGCAGUGACAGGGUUCAGUUCCCAUUACACAAUGUGUGUGGAUGACACCAGCCUUUUCCUCCAAGGAGCCAUGGAUGAGUUCCCAAGGCUGGGCACACUCAGCCUGUCCCCACCACUGACAUUCAGGUGGACAGGAGCACACACUGCACAGCACAGCUCCUCUGAGAUGAUGGGGACAAAGUGUGUUCUCUUUGGGAUCCAUUGGAGUUCUUUUCUGAGUCCACAAUGGAGCUGGGGGAAGCCAAAAGAGGGGAGCUCCCAGGGGAGACACGUGUGUGCAGCUCCUUGGUGUGGAAGCAAGGACAGGCACAUCGCUCUCAACAUCGUUUCGCAGUUUCCAGCUCUAUGAUAAACCUCUUGGAUUAAACGACUCUUGCAAGACAUAUUUCGGCAGUUCCAUCCCUUCAGUAACAGGCAUCCCUUCCCUGGGAAGCUGCAGAGGGCUCCUGCAGAGCAGCAGGGCCAGGACAGCAGCCAGCCAUGCCCAGGCAGGAGCCCUGCCUGCGGCCCGAGAGCAGCGUCCUCCAGACCAGGCAUCCCGCUGCAUCCAGCCCUGAGUUAAUUACAGCGUCAGCAUCAAACAGAGGCUGUUGAAAUGAAAGGGAAGGACGAGCAGCUUUCUAGCUCUGCCUUUAUUUUUUAACCCCAAUUAUGAGAUGCGUUGGAAGGGAGAGGCGAUGGCAGAUAAUGGUCUGAGUGUGGAGAACCAGGAAAGCCUCACAUCCUGAUCCCAAAUUGGACACUGUGGCCUCCUCUCCUGGUUUCCUCCAUGUAAAGUGGUGGUGGGAUGCUUAGCUCGAGGGGCAUUCCACAGAUGAAUGAGCUUUUGGGAAGUGCUCUGAACAUUUGAUGUGUUAUAUAAAUGUGUUAGCACAGGUAGCUUUUGUAUUGCAGCAGAACCAGAGACUGCAGCCCAGAUCGGAGUCUCACCUGGCUGUUGUGGCAGUUCAGAAACUCCUGGUUGGAAAAGCCCCUGUCCCUGCCUGGGCGAUCCACACCCUGUGCCCCAAGCAGGCAGAGAGGAGACAGAGUUGCUGCCAGACUCAGGGGAGCUUGUACAGAGCAUAUCCCUGAUGGGAUUUCCAAGAGAUGGAGAGCACAGGGCCUUCCCGCAGACACCGAUAUCACUGACGACCCUUGAGGAGCCCCAGAUCCCCAGUUCCCUGGACCCCUGGAAUGUGCUCAGCACCACAGAAUUCCCUGGCCUGGGUCCUCAUGAGGCACCCACAGAGCGUCCGGAUGCUCCGACUGUGGCUGGUGAUGGGAGUUCACCAGGAACUGUGCACUGCACUGUGCUGUUGUGUGUUGUGCAGGUGCAUCCCCCAGGCAGACCCUCACUCCCACCCAUUGCUGUGAAAGUGCAGCUAACACAGACUGACCCCUAAAGUUCAGGAAAACUGAAGGACCAAACAGAUCUGAUCAGAGAUGAGCAAGAGUUGGUGUGCAGAGAACCAGUCAGCUGGCUUCCUUUCCAGCACCUGCCCACUGCAGGAUACUUCAUAAUUCUGCUUCCUUUCUAAUCAGAUGAAAAUACAACCUGAGUUCUAAUCACAGGGCACAAAUAGGGAAGAAUAUGUAAAAAAGAAAAAUAACCUUCAAAACCUUUGUUUUCAAUAAAGUUUAUGGCAUGCAUUGCGUUUACAACCUCCGGCGGACGAGCUGAUGUUGUUUGCAGCAUCACUCAUUAAACAGUGUGCACCCAGCACACAUCACCAUAUGACAGACUACAAAGAAGCACCAAAGCAAAAGGAAACUUGAGAUGAGAGUGAGGUCAUUGGUUCCUGGCAUAUCCUGAAGAUGUUUGUCAACAGUUUAAUUUAUCCAAAUGGCUACUCUAUUAAAGAAAGAAAAGAAAGACUUUGUUUUGGCAAAAUCAUGAUCUGGGGGGGAGAACUUUUGGAAAGACACAUUAACCCUUUCCACACUCUACUUCUGAAGGAUCCUGAGAGGAGGGCAGGGUGUUAUCUGGUGGUGUUAUCGGAGAGAUUUUUGGAUUUACACUCCUCCUCUAGUAUUAGUAGCACUUGUAGGUUGUAAACACAACUGAGAUGCGACAGGGUUUGUAAGCAAAACUGUCUCGGACCUUUGCUGCAUCUCCUGCAUUCCUUAAGCAAUCCAUCGGUAUGUGCGAGCUGGCAGACCUGAGAUAGGAAUCCAGCUGAUAAAGGGAAUGCAAAUCACAGAUACCAUGAGAUGUCCCCUGGCCUCCUGUGCCAUAGCCAGGGGCUCGCUGGGGCAGGAAGGUGCCCCUCAGACUCCACAGGGCUGUUGCUGGGCUCAGGUCUCACUGCAGCACAGGGACACUCUUCCUGCAGAGGCCAUUUGUGGACUCCCCAGCACGAAGCCCAUCGCCAACUGGCCUGGGAGUGGUAACACCAGGAACUGGUGGAGCCCAGGUAACAGCACCAAAAGUCAUGCAAAGGUCAGCCUGUCCCUGGUAACCAACACAGUGUCCAGUUCCCCCCUUGUCCCACAGAGCAGUUGCUGUUGAGGUGACCAUCCCUCAGACAGAGCAGCCGGAGCAGUCAAUCCCUGUUUAGAGUGCCAGGCACAGGAAGCUCUGUCUGGAUUGGGUCUGGCACAUGCUGCUCCCCCCAGCAGGACUGUGCCAGCUCCUGGUGCAAGGGCUCCCUUUGGCCCCUCGGUUGGUGCAGGACAUCCCAUCCCAUCUGUGCUGCAGGGCCACGCAGCCACGGCAAGCCCAGGCUUGAACCCCGCCACGGUGGGUGCCCCGGACUCAGCCAGCACAGCCAGGGAGCAGAACAGGUUGAGCGACUUCAGGCUGUGGGAGGAAUAAUCCUCCUUGGUUGAUUCAGCGAGCUGAGGCAGCCAAACCGGGCGAGGACGACACCGCAGAGCGCCCCACGGCCCCGCCAGGUACCCCCGGAGAGUGGCUGCGCCUGGAGGACUUUUUAUAGAACUGCUGUCAAAACGAGCAUGGAGCGAGCUAAAUUGGGACUAUCUGACAGCCGAGGCGGCGUGUAGGUGUGCGAGGGAUGUGAGCAGCGAGUGGUGGCACAGCCGGAGCCGAGCAUAAACAGGUCCGGUCUGAUGUUUAUCGGGGACUCUCAUCUCCUGAGCUGGUGAAUUUUUUACCGCCGUGUCAGUUCUGAUGUGCAGAGCAGGAGCUCUGCAGCCAGCCCUGUGCACAGCGUCAGGGGAGCGUGCCCGGCCUGCUGCAGCUCCCCAUCCCAGCUCCGGGAUCUUCUGCCCGGGGAGCACGACCUGGGGCUCCUGCCCCCGGCACCACCCCAGACCCGUCCCCUCGCACCAACUGAGUCACAAGUGACUCAUUUCAAACUGGGAUGCGAGCGCAGCGUGUGAGUUUGCAGAUUGGCUGGUGAGGAACAGCUCUGCGAUGUAGGUGGCUGCGUUACACACUCCAGCAGUGGAGCUCUGCUCCGCGCUCCCUCCUCCCUCUCCCUCCGAGCAGGAUAGCUGCUGGAGCCCAGGAUCUGGUUCUUGCAGGCACAGGGAGGCAUCUCAGCCAGCUCCAGUGGAUGUGGGGUGUGGAUGGCUCCAGCUCCGCUCCUGACGGAGUUCUGCAUUGAAGAUGGAUGACUUGGCUCUCCUUGACCUGUUGGAGUGUCCUGUGUGCUUUGAAAAGCUCGAUGCCACGGCAAAGGUGCUGCCGUGCCAGCACACCUUCUGCAAGCCCUGUCUGCAAAGGAUCCUGAAAUCCCAGAAGGAGCUACGGUGCCCUGAGUGCAGGACCCUCGUCCUGUGCAGCAUUGAGCAGCUCCCCUCCAACCUGCUCCUCAUUCGCCUCCUGGAUGGAGUCAGGUGUGGACAAAACAUCACCAGGUUUGGCUCAAUCCAGAGGUCAGGGGUCCUGUCCUCCCCCGCCUCCAUCAGGAGAAUCCCCAGGGGGCUGCAGCUGCAUCAGCACCGGCUGGCAACGAAUCCCAGGAUCCACAUGGAAGGGGUGCCACGAGCCAGGGCCCUGUACACCUACCGUGGGCACAACCCCGGGGAGCUGCGGUUCAACAAGGGGGACAUCAUCGUGCUGCUCCGGCAGCUGGACGAGAACUGGUACCUGGGGGAGGUCAACGGGAUCAGUGGCGUUUUCCCAGCCAGCUCUGUGCAAGUCAUCAAGCACCUGCCCCUGCCCCAGCCCCUUGGCAGGGCCCUCUACAACCUCGACCUGCGGAGCCGGGACAAGGCGGAAAACAAGGACAGCCUGACCUUCCAUAAGCCAAACACCACCGCCCGGCAGCUCCUGCAGACCUCCAAAACCCACUGGUCCCCUCAGUUUAAAAGCGCGUCCCUGCGAACGGCGUCUCCCAAGGCGAAGGGCGCGGAUUCGCCGGCUUUCCCCAAGGUGCCCGACUCCAGGAGGAAGAGCCUGCGGCAGUUCUCCAUCACCACAGCCCUCAACACCCUCAACCGGAUGGUCCACGCGCCUGCCGAGCGCCCAGCCCUGGAGAUCAGCUCCCCUGUGCUCAUCAGCUCCAGCAACCCCACCGUGGCCACCCAGAACAGCGAGAAAGCCGAGUUCCCCUACAGCACCCCUGUCCAGGUCAGCACCUCUUACUACCCUGCACCAGGACCUCUGGGGCCCUCAGAAGCCAUCAUCACCCUUCCCCACCUGCAGCACCACGUGCCGGCUUACCUGUGUGUGGCUCUCCACUCCUAUGUGCCUCAUGGACCAGAUGAGCUGGAGCUGCAGAAGGGAGAAGGGGUCCGUGUCUUUGGGAAGGACCAUGAAGGCUGGUUAAGAGGAAUGUCUCUUGUCACGGGCAGAGUCGGCGUCUUCCCCAGCAACUAUGUGGCUCCCCUCUUCAGGAAAUCUAGUCUCACUGACUCAAAAAUGCCUUCUCUGUACACUUCAUGGACACUGUCGACCUCCUCGCUCUCCUCCCAAGGGAGCAUCUCCGAAAAUGGCCCGAGGCAAAGCAGAGUCCUGAAGCCGGUGCUGCUGCCCAUCCCUAUCCCCUCUCCGGGGAGGAGCACGGUGGGACCGGCACCGCUGCGGCGUGGCCGCGGCAGCGCCAGGAAGAAUGGAUCCCUGCAGAGGCCGGGGCAGGCAGGGACCCCCGUGCAGAUCACGGGCUCCCUCAGGCGUCCUUCCGCGGCUGCGGGGCGACCUCAGCAGUUCCAGAUUUACCCACACAUCAGCUCCCCGUCACACAACGUCCCUCCCGGAGCCGGCAUGGAUGAGGCAACGAGGCCAAACUUCUCCCACGAGGCUUCACCGGCGCUUGUGGUCAGGGGAGGGGAGAGUCGAACCCCCUCCGUGUGCAGCUCAGUGAUCCUGGAUGCCAAAGACCCUCCAGUGAAGAGUGAGGCAGCUCCAAAGCCGCCUGCGUCAGCCCCGCCGUCCAUCCUGGUGAAACCAGAGACCUGCCGCAACAGCGCCGAGAAGCAAGUGAAGACGGUGCGGUUCCAGAACCACAGCCCUCCGCCGCCCAAGCGGCACAGCCUGCAGCCCUCGCCGCGCCUGCAGCGCGCCAGGACGGAGCCCGAGGUGCUGCUGCCCGAAGCCGGCCUGGGCCCCGAGCUGCUGGUGCUCUACUCGCCCCGGCUCGGCUCCAGCCCCCUGCACCCGCGCCGGGCACUGCACCCCAAGGCGCUGUCGCUGGACCUGUCGGGGCAGCUGACCUUCCCCGUCAAGAAGAGCUACAGCAGCAUCUCUGCAAACUGACCGGGUAACCCCCGCCUGCCUCCUCCCCGCACCUGCUCCUCUCCCUCCCGCGCAGGACCCCGGACCCCGCACAGCCUCCACUGCUCCCCGCCUGCGCCAGGGGACGGUGCUCCCGUGUCCCCGCACCACCGGCACCCUCGGGACCUGAGAGCCUGAGGCCUCCAGAGCUGUGGGAGCCCCCGAGGGAGCCCCCCUACCCCAGGGAUGCCCAAGAACCGGGAGAUGGGGCUCGAGGACUGACGUUCCCCGGUGUCGCUGCCUGUAGGGCACCGCAGGAUCGGCGGGAGGGGAGGGAAGCCUGCGGGUAUCUUGUUUUGAUCUUCUCAGGGCUGGAGGAAGCCCACAGAAAUCUAACAGCGGGUCAUUACCUGCCUGUCUCAGGAUAAAGAAACCAUAAAUCAGAGUCAAUCAGCUCCUGGCUGACGAUUUACGCUGCCUUGUGGGGGGGGGGGGGGUCACUUAGAUUUUUUGUUAGGGUAGUUGCUUGCUUGCCUUUCUCUUUGGUUUUAGCCCAGGAAUUUUAACUCAGAACAGUCUAAAAGGUGAUUUGGAGAGGAAAAAGACAAUGGGAAGGGCUGUACCAUCACUGCAGUCACCCAAGCUCUGCAGUCAGGGCACUGAAUCUUGCUUCUCCUCAUUGCUUGGUUUCCUCUGAUCACCUGUCAGCUACCUCCUCCCCAUGAGCUCCCUCCAACCCCUUCCCACUGCCCACUCACUCAGAUGUGGCUGUUGUAAAUAUCUUAAGUGGGAUUCAUGGGUUUCACUCUACAUUCAGGUGCAUGAAACAUCAUCUAUGUAACAGAAAGCAGAAUUCAGCACUCCCUGUGCCCCAGACCACCCUCUGCCGUGGCAGCACCAGCUCCAGUUUCCAAGCAUCUUCCUGUGAAUCCCGGGAAAGCCAGCAGAAUCAGAGAGUGGUGCUGGCUCACAGCUGUGCCUGCUCUUCAGAAAACCUCUGCACAACAGAUUUUGGGUUUCAUACUUUGUUUCCAUUGCUGGUUUAUCCACCAGCAGUUCCCACCCCAGCUGCAGGCACCACCCACCACCUCUCCUGACAGUGGGAGCUGUGCUCCCUCCAAAACCGCCAUGAAAUCCUAUCCUCAGUUACCUGCAUACAGACCCAGGGAAGGAACUCCACUGGGAGGAAACUCUCUGAGGCCCUGGCAUGGACCUCAGAGAAGGACAAUUUCUCCUGGAACUAAGCAAAGGGAACGGAUAAAAUCAUUCACUGGGCCACAGCCCCUGGUCCUUCACUCUUCCAGACUUUCUCUGUGGAACAGGAAGCUGGGCCUGCCUGUGGGGAUUUUCAGGGGCACAACAACCACCAAGGCACAGAUAAGUUCUCACCUUGUGCUCUCUGUCAGUAUUUCAGCUCCUGCAGAAACACCCUGACAAGCUGAAAACGUGUCGUGCGCCCAGGUAUAAAAGGUGGCACCAGCCACAAACAGGAAGGUGAGCACAACUCAGCAAUGCCACCUCAGAGACAGCUCAACACCUCAGGGGAGACAAGCUGGUCCUCUACCGAAGACUACUCUAAUCCCUUUAAAGCUGAACCAGAAAGCAGCUGGCUCUAUCACCGGGACACGUCCACGUAUCCCAGGCAUACUCAGAAAUAAACAGAAUUCCACUCGA